AUGCUCAACGGCUGGUCCCAGAAUAUGGCUAGUCGCCGCGCAGACGGUUUCCUCUCCCGGGCGGUCAAGGCGGCCGUCCUGGGUUCACUCCUUUUCAACCCAGCCGAGGCUCACGAGGAUGGCAUCAAGACUGUUGAAGUUGUUGUUACGACUUAUCUUGACUUGGGUGCUUGUGCCAAGGCCUGUGCUCCAGAGAAACACUUCAAGACUGCCGAGGAGACGCAGCCUUAUGUGCACCUCACUCUGCCCACUCGUCAAUCAGAGCACGCUACCUCAACGAAGCCCCCUAAAUGUCCCGUCUGCCCGGGAACUGUCUUUCAUUACGAACCUACUAGCGAUCCUUAUGUCACACGCACGUCUACUGCCGAUUGGCAGAGACCUUCUGUCUCUACUAUUCACCCUACCUGCCAUGGCUGCGAGGGCACUGUCAUUAUCUGCGAACCAAAAGUUACCAAAUACCCGAAUCCUACAACUUUCACCUGCGAAGGGGCCGGUCCCAACGGCGAUAAAGUCACUAUUCCAGGCUGGGGUCCUGAAGAUCCCUCAACCGUCAUUAUCGGCUCUCAUGGUUUUACGGAUCAUCUCUUAACGGUUACUGUACCAGGAGGGGGCCAAGGAGCUGGAGCUCCAACUCAUACCUGUCUUCCAACUGGGUACAACGGAAAACCUCAAUCUGGUUCACACCCGAUUGUGGUUGUUGGCAACCCUGGACGCGAACCGAUAACCAUUACCGCUCCCGGUGCAAAGCCUGAUGGCCCGCGAGCCACUCUACCGCCGAUUGAGCGUGGUAAGCCUCCGAUUGUGGUUAUAGAGCCUUCAAGACCGUCAGAAGGCCACGGUGCGGAAAAAGGCCAUGGUGAAGAAUAUGGUCAUGGCGAACAAUAUGGCUACGAUAAAGAGCAAGGGCAUGGUCAGCAAAACGGUCAUGAUGAAGAACAGGGCCGCGGCCAGGGAUAUGGCCACGAUCAGGAUCAUGGCCACGGUGAACAAAAUGGCCACGGCCAGGAACAGAGCCAUGGUGAAGAAGACGGCAGUGGUGAGCAACACGAUCACGGCAGUGAAUCGUUGGCGUUUACGACUAUUCUUGAUGGAGCUAGACAGGGCGAUCCCUCAAUCACUCUGAAGCCAUUCAACCGUGAAGCUUUGGAAACUGUAGUCAUUGGUACACCUGGAUUUGUGCAGCACAUCCCUACAGUUACGCUACCCGAUGCCCGUCGAGGAGAUCCUACAGUCACAGUUCAGCCAACUGCACGCCAUAAAGCACCGAUUGCCAUUGCUGGCGAUCCUGCUAGCUUGAACAACCCUACCAUCACUUUGCCCGGUGCAGGUCCUAGGGCCCCUAGGAUUACUAUUCCUACUGUUCCUGGUGUCCAUCCUCUUAUCAUUGUGGGUGAUGUGGGCCUACUCAAUGGUCUGCCCCAUGGCACUCUUCUUGGGGUUGACACAAACAGGGAUGGCAGGCCGGAUGUGGCUGUCGGCUCUGAUGGCACCAUCGACAUUGAUGGUGAUGGAAAGCCAGAUCUAGUUACCUUGCCUGGUAGCGGAGUCGAUCUGAAUGGGGACGGACGGCCUGAUACUACCGUUGGCCCUGACGGUGGCAUUGACCUUGAUGGAGAUGGAAGACCGGAUAUUUCGCUGCACCCUCAUGCUCCCACUGGUCAUAACGAGCCUCAAGCCAUUGGCAACGGAAUUAUCAUCGCCAAGCCCAUUGGAAAUGGUACUAUCAUUACCUUGCCCGGAAAUGGUACUAUCAUCCCACAGCUGAAUAAUACUACCAUUCCCCAGCUCACAAAUGGCACAAUCAUUACCCAACCCAUUGGAAAUGGUACUAUCAUUACCUUGCCCGGAAAUGGCACUAUCAUCCCACAGCUGAAUAAUACUACCAUUCCCCAGCUCACAAAUGGCACAAUCAUUACCCAACCCAUUGGGAACGGUACUGUCAUUACGCUGCCCAUUGGAAACGACACCACCAUCACACAGCUUGCAAAUGGCACCUUUGACCCCCAACUUGGAAAUGGCACUAUUAUCACCCAGCCCAUCGGAAACAAUAGUGUUAUUACCCUGCCUCUUGGAAACGGUACUAUCAUUACUCAGCCUAUUGAGAACGGUACUAUCAUAUCCAACCUGAAUGGUACUAUUAUCCCACAACUGAAUGGUUCUAUCAUUCCCCAGCUCACAAAUGGCACAAUCAUUACCCAACCCAUUGGGAACGGUACCAUCAUUACACUGCCCAUUGUUAAUAGCACUAUUAUUACACAGCUUGCAAAUGGCACCUUUGACCCCCAACUUGGAAAUGGCACUAUUAUCACCCAGCCCAUCGGAAACGGCAGUGUUAUUACCCUGCCUCUUGGAAACGGUACUAUCAUUACCCAGCCUAUUACGAAUGGUACUGCCGUAUCCCAGCUUGGAAAUGGUACCAUCAUUACUCUACCUCCUCUCCAGCUAAAUGGCACCAUCAUCCCCCCGAUUGGAAAUGGUACUAUUAAUCCUGGAGGCACUCCUACUACCGGCGGAUCUACCAAUAGCUUUGUUCUUCCAACCGUGUUUCUAGGUGCUGGCACUCCCAUAGAUACAAACGGCGAUGGCGUACCAGACGUUUAUAUCGGGCUUAACGGUGUUGUCGAUCUUAAUCGCGAUGGCGUUCCAGAUCUCGUGAUCAGUCUUAACGGCGCUGUUGAUCUUAACGGCGAUGGAAUCCCAGACGCCAUGGUCAACCUAGAUGGCGGCGUUGAUACUGAUGGAGACGGUAGACCCAACUUCAAAAUCUUGUUUACAAUUGGUGUCGGAAACAUUGUCCCUUCUCUCAUCGGCGCACCGGUCUAUAUUCUUGGUAGCAGCAUACCCAAGACGGUAAUCGGCAUUGAUGGCAGUGUUGAUCUUAAUGGUGAUGGAAAGCCGGAUAUCAGAAUUGGUCUGAAUGGAUUAGUUGACCUUAAUCUCGAUGGCAAACCAGACAUCGUAAUCAGUGCUAUCGGAGGCAUCGAUCUAAACGGUGAUGGCAAGCCCGAUUUGAUCGUCGGCGUUGGAUAUAUUACAAACCUCGGUCCGGGCAAUCCACCAAUUGUUAUUGGAGGCGGCAACACAACCGGUGGCGUUCUGCCUGAUGUCAAGAUUAAUGGCACGUCCAUUAUCGGCGCUCUUGUCGACCUUAACGGAGAUGGGCUGCCUGAUGUUCGGAUUACUCCUGGUGGAGGCAUCGAUCUCAAUGGAGAUGGCAGGCCUGACAUUAUCAUCCUGAAUGGUGGCGGAGUCGACACCAACGGUAAUGGAUUACCUGACACCUUUGUCCUUCCUGGCGGGGGCAUCGAUCUCAAUGGAGAUGGCAGGCCUGAUCUGACCAUUCUGCUCGGUAGCUUACUUGGCGGCGUGGUAGGUUCCGUUGGCAAUACUCUGGCCUCUGUUCUCGCAAACCUGGGUGCUGGUACAUUUGUUGAUCUCAAUGGAGACGGCAGGCCAGAUACCACCGUGGGCAUUGGAGGUGGCAUUGACACCAACGGCGACGGCAUUCCCGAUAUCAUCAUUUCCCCUGAUGGCCGUGUGGACAUCAACCAUGAUGGAAUUCCUGAUGUUGUCAUUGGUCUUGAUGGAGGCAUCGACAUCAACGGCGAUGGAAAGCCUGAUAUCUUCGUCAUGACAAGUCUCCUGGGUAGAUUGGUUUCAGGUCUACUCAACGGUAUUGGUGGUCUUGGGCCUCUUGGCAUCGCUACCGGAUUUCAAAUAGGCGUCGGCUCUCUCGUCGAUCUCAACGGAGAUGGACUGCCGGACACUGUAAUUGGCUCUGGAGGUCGCAUUGAUCUCAGCGGCAGCAUUGUUGUUAGCAUUACUAUUCUGCCCGGUGGUGGCGUCGACAUCAAUGGAGAUGGAAGGCCUGAUCGCAUUAUCAGCCUGGAUGGAGGCAUCGACCUCAACGGUAAUGGCCUCCCUGAUAUCCUAAUCUUGCCUGGCAUUAUUGCACCAGGCGGUCUCAUUGGUUCAAAUGGCACCGGGUUGAAUCUUAACAAUACUGGUUCUCUGAAUGGGACAAACGGGACAGGAGUUCCUGUUCUAGGAGGCAAUAACACGAUUCCUACUAACCUUGGUAAUCUCGGCCUCGGUCUCGGUAUCCAAAUUGGCUCUCCAGUUGAUCUCAACCUUGAUGGAAUAGCCGAUACAAUAAUUGGCCCUGACGGUGGCAUUGACACCGACGGAGAUGGGUUUCCUAAUAUAUGGAUCAAAUUCGGCGGAGGUGUUGCUUUGCAUCUCAUCGGAGUUAUUGAUACUUUGGUUGUUUCGCCUGGAGCCAUUGACAUUAAUGGCGACGGAAUUCUUGAUAUUUAUCUCGGAGUGGGAAUCGCUCUCGAGCCUCCUCAUACAGGAGGCAUCCUGAAUGGCACAUCACCUGGCGGUCUUUCUAAUGGAACUUUGCCUGGUAACGUUGGAACACUACUUGGCGGCCUUUUGAAUAACACUUUACCUGGUCUUCUAAACAGCACUCUAUCUGGUCUUCUUAACGGAACACUCCCUGGUGGUAUCCUGAAUGGCACAUCGCCCGGAGGUCUUCCUAAUGGAACUUUGCCUACUGACCCUGGAACUCUUCUUGGCGACCUUUUGAAUAACAUUUUACCUGGUCUUCUGAACAGCACUCUAUCUGGUCUUCUUAACGGCACUCUCCCUGGUGGUAUCCUCAACGGCACAUCGCCUGGCGGUCUUCCUAAUGGAACUCUGCCUACUGACCCUGGAACUCUACUUGGCGACCUUUUGAAUAAUAUAUUACCUGGUCUUUUGAAUAGCACUCUAUCUGGUCUUCUGAACGGCACUCUGCCAGGAGGUAUUCUAAACGGAACUUUGCCGGGCGGUCCCCUCAAUAAUACUCUGCCCAGUGACCUCGGCAAUCUACUUGGCGGCCUUUUGAAUAACACUCUACCUGGUCUUUUGAACAGUACUCUAUCUGGUCUUCUUAACGGCAUUCCCGGUGAUCUUAAUAAUACUCUUCCAGGUAUAUCAAAUGGAACCUUGCCAGGGCUCUCAAACGGGACUAUUGGUGAUCUUAACAACGUUCUGCCCGGUCUUCUCAAUGCAACUCUACCAAGCCUCCUAAAUUCAACUCUACCAGGUCUCAUAAAUGCAUCUUUGCCAGGUCUCAUAAAUGCAUCUUUGCCAGGUCUCCUAAAUGCAACUUUACCCAGUCUACUGAACAACACGCUGCCCGGCCUCUUAAACGGGACCAUUGGUAAUCUUACCAACACUCUGCCCGGUCUUAUAAAUGCAUCUUUGCCAGGUCUCCUCAAUGCAACUUUGCCUAGUCUACUGAACAACACUCUGCCCGGCCUCUUAAACGGGACUAUUGGUAAUAUUACCAACACUCUGCCAGGUCUUAUAAAUGCAUCUUUGCCAGGUCUCCUCAAUGCAUCUUUGCCUGGGCUCUUAAACAACACGCUGCCCGGCCUCUUAAACGGCGCUCUUGGCGAUCUUACCAAUAGUCUGCCCGGUCUUCUAAAUGCGACUCUACCAAGCCUGUUAAAUGCAUCUUUACCCGGUAUCUUAAAUGCAUCUUUGCCUGGUCUCUUAAACGACACUCUGCCCGGCCUCUUAAACGGGACUAUUGCUAAUCUUAACAAUACUCUGCCCGGUCUUCUUAAUGCGACUCUACCAGGUCUCCUUAAUGCAUCUCUGCCUGGUCUCUUGAAUAACACGCUGCCCGGCGUUUUAAGCGGCGCGCUUGGCGAUCUUACCAACGCUUUACCCGGCCUUCUAAAUGCGACUCUACCAGGCCUCCUCAAUGCAACUUUACCAGGUGUCCUCAAUGCAGCUUUAGGAGACCUGAAUAGCACUCUGCCAAGCCUCCUAAAUGCAACUCUACCUAGUCUCAUAAACAUCACUCUGCCUGGCCUCUUGAACAACACUCUACCUGGUCUUUUAAACAACACUCUUGGCAAUCUUAAUAGCACUCUAUCCGGUCUUCUAAACGAAAAUCUGCCAGGUCUUCUUAGCACAACUCUGCCAAAUGUCCUCAACGAAACUCUGCCAGGUACAAUUGGAUCUCCCACAAAUGGAACCACUAUUAGCAACUCUACUGGUCUCUUAGGCGGUCUUCUAGGAGGAGGUACUGGCACAGCGGGUGUUACAAACUCCACUGGUACAGUAACCAACACAACUGGCGGUCUUCUCGGUGGCCUCCUAGGGACAGGCACUGGCUCUACAGGUAUCACAAAUACAACCGGGACAAUAGCAAACACCACAACCGGCGUAAGUAAUUCAACAGGCUCAACUGGUACUGGCCUUCUUGGCGGCCUCCUAGGCAAUACUACUACAGGAGCAACUAACUCGACUGGAACUGGUACCACUGGCACUGGCCUCCUCGGCGGCCUCUUGGGAAAUACUACUACAGGAGUUACCAAUGCCACCACAGGAGUGACCAACUCAACCGGAACCACUGGCACUGGCCUCCUCGGCGGCCUCUUAGGAAAUACUACUACAGGGGUUACCAAUGCCACCACAGGAGUUACCAAUACAACAGGAACAACCGGUACCACCGGCACUGGCCUCCUCGGCGGCCUCUUGGGCAACACAACAACAGGAGUUACCAAUGCCACCACAGGAGUUACCAAUACAACAGGAACAACCGGUACCACCGGCACUGGCCUCCUCGGCGGCCUCUUGGGAAAUACUACUACAGGGGUUACCAACACCACCACAGGAGUCACUAAUACAACUGGUACUACUGGCACCGGCGUUGUCGGUGGCCUCCUGGGCAAUACCACUACAGUAUUAACCAACACGACUGGCACUGGCCUCUUAGGCAACACUACUACAGGAGUUACCAAUACUACUACGGGGGUAACAAAUACAACAGGUACCACUGGUACUGGCCUUCUGGGUGGUCUCCUAGGAACAGGAACAGGAACCACAGUCCCAGUCAACACCACCACCACGAACACAACAGCGCCUGGUCUCGGAAUCACACUCACUGGCUCUUUAGGCAACGGCACCAAUACCACUACAGGAGCAACAAAUACCACAGGCACCACUGGUACCGGCCUUCUGGGCGGUCUCCUAGGAACAGGAACAGGAACCACAGUCCCAGUCAAUACCACCACCACGAACACAACAGCGCCUGGUCUCGGAAUCACACUCACUGGCUCCUUAGGCAACGGCACCAAUACCACCGGUACUACCACAAACACCACCAGGCCAGCAGGGACAACGACCGGCGGCACUGGUCUCUUGGGCGGGCUCCUAGGAAGAUCCGUCUUCCUGAAGAAGCUCCUCCUGCGGACGGAUUGA